AUGUUGCUGCUGCCGUCGCUGCUGCUGCUGCUGCGCUUCUGCUGGGCUGUGGAGGUCAAGCGGCCCCGAGGGGUCUCUCUCUCCAACCAUCACUUCUACGACGAGUCCAAGCCUUUCACUUGCCUGGAUGGCUCUGCCACUAUCCCUGCCGACCAGGUCAACGACGAUUAUUGUGACUGCAGAGAUGGCUCUGAUGAGCCAGGCACAGCUGCCUGUCCUAACGGCAGCUUCCACUGUACCAACACUGGCUACAAGUCCUUGUACAUCCCCUCCAGCCGAGUCAACGAUGGGAUUUGUGACUGCUGUGAUGGGACAGAUGAGUACAACAGCGGCGUCGUCUGCGAGAACACCUGCAAAGAGAAGGGCCGAAAGGAGAGGGAGACUCUGCAGCAGAUGGCGGAGAUUACCCGUGAGGGGUUCCGCUUAAAGAAGACCCUCAUUGAGGACUGGAAGAAAGCUCGGGAGGAGAAACAGAAAAAGCUCCUUGAGCUACAGGAGGGGAAGAAGACCCUGGAGGAGCAAGUGGAGAUGCUGCGGAUGGUGAAGGAAGAGGCUGAGAAACCCGAGAAGGAGGCUAAAGAACAGCACCGGAAGUUGUGGGAAGAGCAGCAGGCUGCUUCCAAAGCCCAGCACGAGCAAGAGCUGGCGACCAGCGCCUUCCAAGAGCUGGACGAUGACAUGGAUGGAAUGGUCUCGGUGGCUGAGCUGCAGACCCACCUGGAGCUGGAUACGGAUGGGGAUGGGGUCCUCUCAGAAGGGGAAGCGCAGGCCCUCCUUGCGGGGGACUCACAAACGGAUGUCACCACCUUUUAUGACCGUGUCUGGGUUACCAUCAGAGACAAGUACCGGUCAGAGGUGCUGCCCACUGACCUGCCAGCACCUUCUGAUGACCUGACGGAACCCAAGGAGGAGCAGCCACCUCCAGAGUCUUCACCCCCCGCUGGUGAGGAGGAGGAGGAGGAGGAAGAAGAGGCGGAGGAGGAGGAAGAAGAGGAGGAAGAGGCCGAGGUGCAGGGAGAGUUGUCCAAGGAGACCCUGCCCCUUCAGGUGCCCCCCCAGACAGCCAGCUCCACUGAGGAGGACAAGCUGCCACCCUAUGAUGAGCAGACACAGGCUUUUAUCGAUGCUGCCCAGGAGGCCCGUACUAAGUUUGAGGAGGCCGAACGAUCCUUGAGGGACAUGGAGGAGUCCAUCAGGAACCUGGAGCAGGAGAUCACCUUUGACUUUGGCCCCAGCGGGGAGUUUGCCUACCUUUAUAGUCAGUGCUAUGAGCUCUCCACCAGCGAGUACAUCUACCGACUCUGCCCCUUCAAGCUCGUCUCCCAAAAACCCAAACUUGGAGGCUCCCCAACCAACCUUGGCACGUGGGGCUCCUGGGCCGGCCCCGAACACGACAAAUUCAGCGCCAUGAAGUACGAACAGGGCACGGGCUGUUGGCAGGGUCCCAAUCGCUCCACCACUGUGCGACUCCUGUGUGGGAAGGAGACAGUGGUGACCAGCACCACAGAGCCCAGCCGCUGUGAGUACCUCAUGGAACUGAUAACGCCCGCCGCCUGCACUGAGCCGCCCCCUGAGCCACCCGUAGAUGGGGACCAUGAUGAGCUCUAG